AUGGUCGAUCACUUUUUAAAACGUCGCGAAUUCGUGGCAAUUUCAACUUCGGUCGAAGUUCCAUCCAAACGUUGUAAAUUCAUGAGUAACACGUGUUGCGUUCAUGAUCUCGUGAUCGGUUUCAAUCUGGAAAAUUUCGAUGAUUUGCUCAAAAAACUUCACUUGAAGAUUUUCCAUUCGAGUCCCAUGAUUGUCGAUGAGGAAAACGACGAUGGAAUGUGCUUAUUGGAGCAUCUUUUGAACAAAUUCAAGUUGUUAUGUGUCAAAGAUAUGGAGGUCGUUGAUGCAAUUGAACUUAUUUUAACGAGAACUUUAAAAAAGCUCGAUCGUUAUAAAGGAGGAAAGUUAUUGGAGAUGAUUCAAGAAUACGAUGCUCGUGAACCUUAUUCCGUUAAGUACGCCCAAUACCUGAUAAUGUCCCAACAAGAUGAGAAAUUCUUCGAACUGUUUCAAGAAAUGGCAGCUGGAACCCUUUUAGAGUCCAAAAAGAACCAAUUUGAUCUUUUCAAAGCAACUUUUGUUAAAGGUUCAUGCGACGUCCUGAAAUUUUUGAUGCGACAAAAUGAUGUUGUGGGCAAAGGUUCUGCUAUAAUUCUAAUCGCUGCUUAUUCGCGAAAAUUUGUACAAGAAGCUGCUUUUGGUAGUUAUCUGAACUGUUUCGAAUAUGUCUUGAACCAUAAGAGAACAGAUAUCAACGCUGUGGAUCGAUGCGGAAAUACGGCUUUGCAUGUAGUACACGACGGAGUUUUGGUAAGGAAAAUAUUGGAAAAGAAGCCUUUCUUCGGUUACAAAAACAUCGCAGGAGAUUCUGCUUUAAAUAAUGUAGAUUGUGAAUCACUUACCUGGUUCCUGAACUUGCUCGUGUGUGAUGCGAAGCACGAAUUGAACGUCAAGUGUGAUGGGAAAAAGGAGAAGAAUAAUUUACUUCUUGAUUUGACGCCAUUCCAUACGCCUUCAAAGAGCUCUGAGGAUCACGUUCAAAAUGUUUUUGGCAUUGAAACUUUAUUGGUGAUGUCUCGAGUGAAACAUCUUCAAUCCAUGUUCCAGCAUGCCGUGAUAAAAGUCUUUUUCGAGCUCUAUUGGAUGAAAUACAAGAAGAAAAUGUUGUGGGAUCGUCCAGCGAUGCUUGGAUCCUUAUGGCUUAUCAGUGGCAAAGCUUUAGCUUCGGGAUUUGCGAACUAUUCAAGUUCUUUUGCGAUUUUUAAGGAUUAUAUAAUUAUUGGCAUGCACAUUUUACUUGCCAUAAUGGUUUUUUACAUGGUCUGCUACUAUAGCUUCGUAACCUACAUGAUUUUUGGAUCAAAACUUACCGAACCACGCAUUUCCAAGUAUCGCUUAAGGUCACUUUUCUUCAUGGACAUUCCUUUGUUGGUCGUUAUCUUCGCGUUUAUCUUCCAUAAUUCGCUGGGUGUGGAUUUGGAUCAAGUUUUGGGCAUCGGAAGCAUGAUUCUGUGCGUUCAAUUAACAAUUAGCAUCAGUUUUUCCAAUCAAACGUUGGGAGUUAACUUGUUAAUGCUCUUUUACGUUUCAUGGACUGCUUUUCAAUUUCUUGGAAGUACUUUUUUGAUAGUUUUUGGCUUUGCAUUGAGCUUUAUGCAUCUCUUUAGUAACUUCAGUGUCGAACGAGGAUACGAAAGUUACAUUCGCGUUAAUGAGACGAUGCCAUUGGACUAUAGUGUUCAUCAUCUUUUCGCGGGAAUCUUCAAAACGUUAGUUAUGAUGACGGGAGAAAUGGAUGCAGAUGACUUGAAGUUUCGUUAUAACUCGAGUUAUAUCAUUUUUAUGCUGUUUAUCUUCAUUGUUCCAAUAAUUUUUGUGAAUUUAUUGAAUGGAUUGGCAAUCGGGGAUAUUCAGUGGAUUCAGGAACAUGCGGAAUUUUUGUAUCGUAAGGCGCAGUUGAUGAUCAUGUAUCAGUUUUGUUGCAUUAAUAUGGCUUUAAGGGAAAUUUUUCGUGGUUGGAAUAUUUUUUCGAUAGAUUUGCAUCCAGGCAUCAAUGGAGAUAAUGCUUACCUGACAGUUGAUCGAACGACAUUUGCAGUUUAUUUCGUAGAUGAUAAGAUAAAUGAUGCAGAAAAAGAUAACAGAGUGAUGUUGGGACGUCUAACGAAGGAAACUGUCAAGGAGCUUGAGAGUAUUUUGUAUAACGGGAAAAAGGCGUUUAAUUUUUCUGGAUGA